GCAUUCCAGCUCCCAAGCUAUGCUACUACUCCACAGUUUUUGCAACUGAAUGAGCAUUUACAGAAAGAAGCAAGUCGCUACUCGUAGAGAAUCUGAUCCAGGGCAAUACACAAUGGCUGCCUGCAGCGUUUUCUCAUCAUAUCCCACCACGAGCCAGCCUUCCACGUAUGCGUCCAAGAACCUGCUCGACUUGAGUGAGAGAGGAAGGAUAGGAAGCAGCAGUAGCAGCAGCGGUGCUGGAGGAUUCAUACGAGACGAUAUCAUGUUCACUCCUCCAAGGUGCAGCACGCCGUCUUCCAUGCCUCGUUCCCCUGGCCCGAGGUCGGGCGAGUAUCUGGGUAGCUCUGGCGGCGGAGUAGCUCAUGUUGACCGCCGGGCAGCACUCCUCCAGGACUACUUCAAAUCCACCAAUGCGCUCAAUCGUUCAAUAAUGCUAGAGAAAUCAACUGUGGAGAAUCAGCAUGGACACAGCUGGACAAUACUCAGUGACAGCAAGAGGGAUGAGAUCGUUGACGAACAUUUCGUUCCGAGUCAAGUGAGAGACCAAUACGACGAGAGAGGACUGACAGCAAACUAUGGAAGAUCAAGGACUCUUAGUAGACUUGGCUCCAACCCCGUGAAUGGUUUCUUAUCACAAAAGACCCACCAUUAUGAGGACAUAGAUGGAAUGUCUGUCCCUCUCUCCCAACCAGUGACAUCAGAUUCCAAGAGCAGAGUCACACAUAGGACCCUCUCCUAUGAUAAUUCCUCUUCCUCCUCCUCCUCCUCUUCCUCCUCUCCCAGUUUCUCAAGGAACAAGAUGAUGAGCUUUAGCAUAAGGAGCAAGAAAGUGUCUCCAGUAGCAAACAGAAAGAUAGAGCCAAGCAUUGAUUUCUUGCCACUGUUUGAAAGAGAUGUUAACGAUAUUGAUAACGAGAUUGAUUUACCAGAUGAAUCACUCAUCAAUGAUCACGUUGACUCAUCUUCUACCGAGGAAUCGUUCACACGUUUGAGACCACUUCGUUACUCGUUUGGCCGAAAGCUACGAAGCAAAGUUGACCACUCACAGAGCACCAGUGAUCUCACAAUAACGAACAUGAACACAGACUCACCAUCACUUCAAGAUCUUAGGCUUGGAUCUUCCACUUUAGAUCUGACUGAUUUAGACAAAGGACCCAAUCCAAGCCCUGAUCUUGAUCCGCACGCUCUCAUGUCUAGCUCUAUGUCGUCAGACGACACCUCAAGUAUACUAUCAUCACAACAAUCGCUUGCUGUCCCACCAGAUCAUGGCCAAAUAGCUGGGAGAGGAAAGGGGCUGCAUCGUGUACUAAACGAGGGUUCCUUUAAGCAUCCACUCAGUCGGAGUGUGAGGGCUGGAUCAAACUACAUGACCGUGACAUCGGAGAUGGCUGACAGACGUCAAAUGUUUAAAGGGCACAUGUCUAGAAAGACUCAAUCGGAGAAUAACACGAGGGAGAACACACCAGUACCAGAUGAAGUAGAGAAGAGAAUGAUUCCGCUGAUAAAAACAGAGUCACUAACAGAGACGACAGAUGGAGUCAUGAUGAAUGCCACCAUGGACCUAGUUUCGCCUAUGACCAGUCCACCAGGAUCACCAGCGGCCCACGGUCCAUACUACAGCAAAAGAGAGUCAGGAUACAUAUCAAGUUAUGGAGAGAAUGAAGCUUCGGACGAUGACGAGGCUUCUCCUAGUAGCAGAAAUCAUCUUAGAACAAAGAAGAAAGGAAGCCAUGUGACAGUUACAUAUCAUUAAUACGCAAUCGUGUAUGCACACACAUACCACACAAAACAAAUUGAUGUAGUUUGUAUUCAUUUAAAAUUAUGUACACUUCUUUUUGUCUUAUUCUAUUCACUUUUCUCUCUCUCUCUCUCUUUGUAUUAUAUUGCUACUCUGUUUGUUGACUGACUGAACUGAUACUUUUUAAUUUUUGUGAUUUAUUAUUUUGAAUCGUUUUCUUCCUCUGUCUCACCCACCUCUUUUCAACUGACUCACUUGGUAAUGACUGGUAUAUUAUUAUUAUUAUUAUUAUUAUUAUUAUUAUUGACUGAUUGUUGUGAUGUUAUACACAUUCACAUUGUAUAGCCAAAUAACAAUUAAAAAAAAAUAA